AACGACCAGCCGCCGUUUAAGAGGCAAGACGCUAUUAUCAUCCCUUAGCUUUUUCUGGAAUGGCUCCAGCGCAAAAACACGUGCAAAUGUGUGGCGAUGAAAUUCAAUCAGGACUAAAAAUCAGUCCUGUCACAUACGAUGCUGACAAAUUGAACGAAGGUCCACAGUACGAAAAUAACAAUACAGUGUUGAGGAACAGUGCUAAUGAAAAAGUGAAUAGUGAUGCAGACUUUGAUAUUAGUAAAUAUGAAGCUAUAGAUUUUAAAGCAAAAUUUAGAUGGCCGGACCUCACCGUGCAAAUACUUUUGCAUUUAGUAUCUAUUUACGGAUUGUACCUGACGUUUAGUAACCAAGUGAAGUUAUUAACUUUAUUGUUUGCAUUAGGCACGAUAUAUACAUCUGGGUUCGGGAUCACCGCUGGCGUUCAUAGGCUGUGGUCACACCGAGCGUACAGGGCGCGUUUACCACUGCGAAUAAUACUGGCGCUGCUGUUUACUGUGACUGGACAGCGUGAUAUCUACACAUGGGCGUUGGACCACAGAGUGCACCACAAGUAUGCGGAGACGGUGGCUGACCCUCAUGACAUCAGGCGUGGAUUCUGGUUCGCCCACGUUGGCUGGCUAGUAUUAACUCCUCAUCCGGCUGUGGAAGACCGCCGCAUCGCACUGCGACCUACAUGUGCAGACCUUAUUGCUGAUCCAGUAGUCAGGUUACAAAAACAGUUCUUCAUUCCAAUGUUCGCGUUGCUGAACAUCGCGAUACCUAUCUGGGUGCCAUGGUACUGCUGGAACGAGACCCUGGUGAACAGUUUCGUCAUCAGUUUCGUGAUGCGGUUCACCAUCACGCUGAACAUCGCCUUCUGUGUCAACAGCUUCGCCCACCUUUGGGGCAACAAGCCUUACGACAGAUUCGUGAAAUCAGUGGAGAACAGUUUGGUUAGUCUCGCAGCCCUUGGUGAGGGUUGGCACAACUACCACCAUGUCUUCCCCUGGGACUACAGAACUUCGGAACUGGGAAAACUGAACAUCUCCACAGGGUUUAUUGACUUUUUCGCCAAGAUUGGAUGGGCUUAUGACUUAAAAGCCGCUACCACCGACAUGAUAUCAAAAAGAGCUAAGCGAUGUGGGGAUGGAACAUUUGGAGAAUCGGAGGAACCGUAUCCAUCUGCAGAAAAAUGUCACGCCGAAUAAAAUACUUCCAAUAAAGAUACAAAACAUUGAAAGAAUUCUUUCUUAUAGCAAUGUUUGUAUUUUAAUCCAAAUGAUAAUAAAUAUAGAAUUCACCAUUAAAAUUGUAUAAUCAUAUAUAAAAAAUACGAGUUCGUCAUUUGUACAAUUUGUGUCUGCUAUUUUGUGUACAUUAGAUUCUAAUUGAGUGUAAAAGUGAUUCAAAAUUUUCAAUAGAGACCACGAAUAAAG